CGACGCCCGCCCGCCCGCCCCGCUCGCCUCACAUCUUUUGCGCGGCGACGAACACCGCCACCGGAGACACUUUUUAUGUCCACGCGUGACGUGGAGGCGCAGGGGCUGUUAGCAUCGCGGGGUGGCCGGACGACAAGUAGCUAUUAAGCUAGCGGAUGCCAAUCGGCUUGGCGCGCUUUGGGUGUGAAAAAUGAACGUCGCCUCGUGAAAAAGUGGACGCAGAAGUCUUUGACGUGUUGGAUUUAAGGCGCAAAUGAGGCGAGUUAACAGCUUCCCCCCACGCAGAAGUCUCGUCUCCCCUCGUCAAGCGCCAAUAUCUCCGGACCUAAUUCAGCCUCCUGCCUUCUUCAGCCAUGAUGUAGACUCGGCCAGGGCCGUGAUGCUUCAGGUGGAACGCUCUGUGACGAGCAGCAGCGACUGAUUCUCUCUCCUUCGGUACACCACACACCUGCCUCUCUAUGUCUCCCCCGAUUGGUUGGAAGUGCCAUGUCGUCCGCCAGACCCCCUGCGGCCCUGCCCCUUAAGAAGGGAAGGAAACUGGAGAAAUUAGAGGUGAUGGCCGAGCCGGUCCAGGCCACCAAUGAGGAGCUGAGAAGCAAAAUGAUGGACAUCCAGAUCGAGCUUCAGCAGGAGCGUGGCAAGGUGUGCAAGCUACGCGAGCGCCUUCAGGAGCAGCGCCAGGCCCGGGAGCUGGAGCAGCACAAACACGCCGUAGCGAUCACCGACCUGCGCGCCAAACUCCACGAGGAGAAGCUACGCGAGACGGCGGUGGCGCGUGAAGCCCUCGCACGGCAGCAUGAAGCCGAGCUGGCUCGGACUAUAAAGAUCCGGGACAAUGAAGUCCAGAGACUCCAGGGAUUGGUGAACGCCCUGAGGGACGGAGCGGCUGACAAGCUGAAAAACGCCCUUCUCGGCGAGGCUCGAGAGGAGGCCAGGAGAGCCUUUGAUGGCGAGAGACUUAAGCUACAACAAGAGAUCCAGGAAUUGAAGGCAGGCAAGAAGCAGGCCGAUGAGGCGCUGACCAACGCGCUGCAAGCGGACAAAGCCAAAGCAGCUGAUCUGAGGACAGCUUACCAGCAGCACCAGGAUGAGGUGCAUCGCAUCAAACGCGACUGUGAGCGAGACAUCCGUCGAGUGAUAGAUGAGCUGAAGGCUAAAGACCGCGUGGUGUGUGCCCUGGAGAGAGAGCUGGGGAUGCAGGCCGGCUACACCCAAAGGCUUCAGCUCCAGAAAGAAGCCCUGGAUGAGCAGCUGGUUCACGUACGAGAGGCUGAGAGACACAACCAUGGCAGCCCAAAGAGAGAGGUGGUGCCUAGGUUAGGGGACAGCACAGACCUCCUCAACAACCAAGAAGCGGAGGAGCGUGACACGAGAAGGUUCCAGCUGAAGAUAGCCGAGCUGCACUCCGUCAUCAGGAAACUGGAGGACAGAAAUGCGCUGCUGGCUGAUGAACGGAAUGAACUGGUAAAGCGUGUGCGAGAGGCAGAGAGCCAGAUGAAACCCAUGUUUGAAAAGUCCAAGCGCCUUUCAAAGAAGAACGACGACCUCCUGCAAACGCUGCAGAGGAUGGAGGAGAAACUAAAAAACUUGAGCCGUGAAAAUGCUGAAAUGAAAGAAAAAGCUUCCUCUACCCGUCCACCCUUGCCGCAGCAAACCCAUCAUCCCCAGCUAAAAAGGCCCAGCUCCCUAACAGACUUAAGCCACGCCCACGAGGAGCAAGAAGUUGAGUUUCUCAAACUCCAGAUUGUGGAGCAACGCGGCAUCAUCGAUGAACUCACUCAGGAACGUGAUCGGUGGGUUUUUGGCAAAAAGACAAGAAGAAAACCUCUCAAACUAACCAAAAGGCAUGUUGUGGAGACAUAUUUUGGAUUUGAUGAGGAAUCUGUAGAGUCUGAAACCUCCUCCCUGACCUCCUUUAAUACCGACCUCACCGACCGUACACCUGCCACACCAGAGGAGGAAUUAGAGGAGACUGUCUCUCGCGAGGAGUCUGAGCUUCGAUUCCGUCAGCUAACCAGAGAAUACCAGGCUCUCCAGCGGGCUUACGCCCUCCUGCAAGAGCAGACAGGAGGCUCUCUGGAUGCUGAGAGGGAAGUCAGGACACGUGAGCAGCUGCAGGUGGAGCUCAGUGGCUGCCAGGCCAAGAUCCUGGACCUGGAAAAGGCUCUGGUGGAGCGGGGGCAGGACUCAAAGUGGGUGGAAGAGAAGCAGCACUUGCUCAGGACAAACCAGGAACUUCAUGAAAAGAUGUGCAAAAUGCAGCAGGUGGAGUCCGGGCUGCAGGCCGAAGUUCAGGAUGCACGGGACCAGAACGAGCUCCUGGAAUUCCGGGUUCUGGAACUGGAAGAGAGAGAGCGCAGGUCUCCAGCCCUCAAUCUGCACAUGUCUGCAUUCCCUGAGAACAGCAGCAGUGCACUGCAGGUUUACUGCCGCCAGGAGGGAGUCAAGGAUGUCAUCAUCCCAGAACUGAUGAAGAAACUGGAUAUCCUUGGAGAUAACGGGAAUCUGAGAAAUGAGGAGCAGGUUGCAGUGAUCCAGGCAGGCACAGUGAUCUCUCUGUGUGAGAAGUGGUUAAAACAAGUCGACAACACUGAGGCCGCUUUGACACAGAAGAUGAUUGAUUUGGAAAAUGACAAGGAGCUGUUCAGCAAGCAGAAAGGUUUCCUUGAGGAGGAGCUGGACUAUAGGAAGCAGGCCUUGGACCAGGCUUACAUGAGGAUCGAGGAGCUGGAGGCUACGCUGUAUAGCGCUCUGCAGCAGGAACAGCCGUCAUGCCAGGCUGUGGCCGAGUCGCUGACAGACAGGCAGAAGGAGGAGCUGAGGCUCGCCGUGGACAAGCUGCGGCGCCAGAUUCUCAGGCAGAGCCGGCAGUAUGACAGUCAGAUCUUACAGGAGCGUAUGGAGCUCCUUCAGCAGGCCCAGCAGAGAAUUCGAGAGCUGGAGGACCGGAUCGACUUGCAAAAGAGGCAAAUAAAGGACAUAGAGGAAAAGUUUUUGUUCCUUUUUUUGUUCUUCUCUUUAGCCUUUAUUCUCUGGCCUUAAUAAACAUGACUGUGGAGCCACAUCAGGUGUUCAGUUGCUGCCGAGGCAAUGGAGGACAAAACAAUUGUUUUUUUAUGAAUUUCUAAACCGCUCGUGAAAACCUAAAGGCCUUUUUGAUAAAUAGUGCACUUUUUUGCAGAUGAAUCACCUGCAAACACGUGAAACGGAAACCUAUAUAUAUACAUUUACAUGAGAUUUAUUCAUAAAUGACUACUGAUCUUUGGACCUGCAACAAAAACAUUCACUCUACAGACGAUUUAGAUUUUUUUUUUUUUUUUGCGGAGAGGAGGAGCCGCAGAGAGGGGUUCCAGCUCAGGGUAGAAGAUUCUGGCAAAGUAUAACUUCAGUGGCGUUUCUACGGAAACGAGCAGGGCAACACAAGUUUACAAAGCCGCUCUGAUGAGCUCACCGGCAGCUCGGGUGGAGGAGGAGAGGGAGCUGUCGCCACAGUGCAACAUAUGAGAGGGGAUAACUCACCAGAGGAUGAUCACAUGACCCCCGACGGAGAUGGGGAGAACCGAAAACAGUCCUGUUACCAUGGUUACAGUUGAAGGUGACACAUUUUGUGGUGUGCAUGGGAGAGCGAGGGCCUUUGAGGGGAG